AUGGUUCUCUCGCUUGCGGACCUUAGGGAAUUGGAAUUGGCUGAUCGUGCUCGCCUGCGAGGCAUGGCAAACAUGUCCACUUCCUGUGCAAAUCCGAUUUUGCUUGGUUUCGUAGCAGAAUGGCUCGAAACAGCCAGAAUGCGAAGUUCAAAGGGCGUAACAACCUACAAGAAAGCCUACGACUCUCUCAAAGCCUGUCCACUUACGUUUACUCAUCCCUCUGAAGCAAAACAGCUGACUGGAUUCGGAGAUAAACUGUGCAGUCGAUUGACGGAAAAGCUCAAGGAGUACUGUGAUGAGAUUGGAGAACCCAUGCCAGAGUUACCGCACAAGCGAAAAAGGAAAUCAAAUGCUGCUGUCGUUGACGAUGGCGACGAGGAUAAUCAGGACGAACCCGCAAAGAAAGCAAGAAAAAAGAAGCCAAAAACCUACAUGCCUGCAUAUAAUUCCGGACCGUACGGUAUCAUCAUCGCUCUCUCGACAUUAGAUGAAGGCUCUCAUGUUGGAUUGACAAAGCAAGAAGUCAUCGACCUAGCUCAGCCUCAUUGCAAGACUUCUUACACCAUUCCAGCUGACACUUCGAAAUUCUAUACCGCGUGGGCUUCUAUGAAAACGCUAGGAAAAAACGACUUAGUCGUUAUUAAGUCUAACCGUCCACAACGUUACUUUUUGACAGAUGACGGAUGGGAGUUGGCAAAGAGCUUUAAGAAGGCUCACAAUCCGAGCGAAGGUGGACCUGAUAAUUUCAAUAUAAACAAUGGAGAGGAAGCUGGAGUUGACGAUGACAUGGCUAGCCUAUUCGGCGAAGAAAAUGGCGGAGACGACGCAGCCAACGCGAACAAGGUGGCAGACAGCAUCCCUUUGGGUGAACAUAUUACAUCUAGUUCAGCCCUCCCAAAGGUUGAUCCAAUCGUUCUCCCGCCUGGUUCCUUCACCGUGCGUCUAUUGCUUGACAAUCGCGAGGUACGGGCAAAAACAGAUCGUAACUACAUCGGGGAUGAGCUUCGGAAAAAGGGUGUCGAUCUCACGGUAAAACCUCUAGCCCUUGGAGAUAUAUUUUGGGUCGCAAAAAUGCGAGAUCCAAAAUAUCUUUCACGAUAUAGUUUAGCAGGAGAUGAAGUAACAUUGGAUUAUAUCGUUGAGCGCAAGCGGCUGGACGAUCUGAUUGGGUCGAUUAAAGAUGGACGAUUUCACGAACAGAAAUUUCGCCUCCGAAGAAGUGGCAUCAAAAACGUGAUCUACAUCAUCGAGGAAUUCUCCCUGGAUUCAAAUCAUUUCGAAAAAUAUGAAGAGUCAGUCCAGUCUGCCAUCACCAGUAUGCAGGUCGUAAAUGGAUUUUUCGUCAAAAAGACCCAGAAGAUUGACGAUACAAUUCAUUACUUGACAAGCUUGACUAAGAUGUUUCAAGCAAAGUAUGAGAAGGAGCCACUUCGCUUGAUACCGACCAAGAUUCUCACCUCGCAAAAUUUUCUUCCUCUGCUGAAGCAUCUUAAAGAGAAGCAUCCAUCAGAGAGUUUUCACAUUACAUACGAGGCGUUAGCUGGCAUAUCCUCUAAAUCUGGAAGUGAUACAUUACGAGAUACAUAUCUGAAGAUGCUGAUGUGCACUCGUGGGAUUACUGGUGAAAAGGCUCUGGAAAUCCAGAAACGUUGGAAAACUCCCAGUCACUUGGCGGAGGCUUACAGAAAUUGCGGCGAUGACGAUCUGGGAAGAAACAAAAAGUUUGAGCUGGUUUCAAAUGAGAUGGGUCAUCUUGUUGGAAGGAAGAAGAUUGCGAAAGCUACGAGUACGAAUAUCGCUAAAGUUUGGGGUUGCGAAGGCGUGUCCUAG